AUGUUAGAGACAUUCAACUCUGUUUAUGUCAUAGCUAGAGCCAAACCAAUUGUAACAGUGAUUGAAGAGAUUAGAGCGUAUCUCAUGAUGAAGUGGGAGUCAAACAGGAAGAAGAUUUCCAAAUAUGAAGGUGAUAUUCUACCAAAUAUCAAGAAAAGGAUAACAAAGGAAUCAGAAAAAUCAAACAAAUGGCUUGUGAGGCGUGCAGGUGAAUUUGAUUAUGAGGUUAGACAUAUCUUAUAUAAUGGUGAAAAGUAUUUUGUAAGUCUGUCCACUAAGGAGUGCUCUUGUAUGAGAUGGAUGUUGACAGGGUUGUCAUGCUGUCAUGCAAUAUCUUGCAUGAAAUCUCAACAAUUGGAGAUUAACACUUUUGUGCCUGAUUUCUAA